AUGCAACCUCUAUCCGAUUAUGGACACGCGUUCGAGGACGGUUUCAGCAAGGCAUUUUAUUCGUAUGGCAAACUAGUCGGCACUCAUCCGGGCUCUUUUUUAGUGGGGUCAUUGAUAUUCACCGUUAUUUGUUCGACAGGUAUACCGUAUCUGCAAAUCAAUCUGGAUCUUUACAAAUUGUUUGUACCACUCAAUGCUCCAGUUCGAACGGAAUUCGAAAGGUCUCAAGCGUUUCAAGCGAUGUCAAUUGGACCAUUGCUGAACGAACAUCCGCCAGAAAACAAACUAAAGCGACAAGCGCAAUUACCAAUUCACAAUGACAUCGCACGUUUUUACGUUGUUCAUAAAAACUAUGAGAAUCUUCUGGAAGCGGAAACACUCUCGAGAUUGUACCAAUACACCAACGAAAUACUUUCUGUGACAGCCGAAUAUGAAGGAAAAACGUUUCACUUUGAAAGCUUUUGUAAAAAAGUUCCGAAUGAAAAUAAAUGUGAUAACAACUUGAAUAUAUGGCUGAAGCAUGCAUACGUUCUGUUUCGUGAUGGCAACACAAAAAACAAUCCUAAUCUGCAACUCUCAUACCCCGUUAUGUAUCUCUUCAAUAGACCGAAAGAUAUUGGCAAUGUUGUUUAUGGCGUGAAUGUAACCGGCGAAAAACAUGAAAUAGUUGGUGCGAGAGUGUUAACCUUGCAUUGGUUCAUCGAAUUUCCAGCAACGCCUGAAUUAGAUGCUGCUUAUUUGGUUUUUCGAGAAGCUAUGGUUGAGUUCUGGAAGACGAAAUCCGCUGCAUCUGGUAUUAACUUCAUCCCACAUAAUGAACACGCGAUGGAUGACGAAAUGCGUCUGAUCAUUGAAACGGCCGUUCCAUUCGCAAUCCCAGUUUCGAUUCAGUUGAUGCUCUUCGUCAUCUUUUCCAAUUAUUCAUCUGACAGAAAGAAGUCGAAGCCCGUAGAGGGUUAUUUGGCUGUUAUUUCAGUGAUUCUGUCACUGUGUUGUACAUUCGGUUUGCUGUUCCGUGCCGGCAUGCCAUUCAAUCCCGUGUCCAGCACAAUGCCCUUCUUGAUUCUUGCUGUUGGUGUUGACGAUGCGUUUCUGAUGUUGGGUGCAUGGCGUUCGACCGAUCGACGUCUCGGUGUCGAGAAACGAAUGGCGCUCGCAAUGAGCGAUGCAGGUGUUUCGAUUACAGUAACGUCGCUCACAAACUUCGGUUGCUUUGCGUUGGGUUAUUUCCUGUGCUCAACACCAGCUGUGGCCGAUUUCUGCAUUCUUACGGCCUGUGGCGUAAUGCUUGAUUACGCUUUCCAAAUAACCUUUUUCGCAGCCUGUAUGGUAUACGGUGGACGAAGAGAGGAUGCUGGAGGUCUUUUGUCGUGUUGCUAUCACACCGAAUCGAUCAACGGAAAGUCGAGUUUGAGUGAGAAGCAGGAGAGAAGCUCAAGUUAG